AUGGAGUACACGCCGCCCCCCAAGCCACAGCUCUCCUCCCGGGCCAACGCCUUCUCCAUUGCCGCCCUCAUGUCGAGCGGCAGCUCCAAGGACAAGGAGUCCCCUGAGAGCACCAUCAAGCCUCUGGAACAAUUCGUUGAGAAAUCCUCCUGCGCUCAGCCUUUGAGUGAUUUAUCCAGCCUGGACCCUCACGGGGAUUUUAGCAGCAGCCCUUCUUCCCUGUGCACCGAGCCCCUCAUCCCCACCACCCCCAUCAUCCCCAGCGAGGAGAUGGCCAAAAUCUCCUGCAGCCUGGAGACCAAAGAGCUCUGGGACAAGUUUCAUGAACUGGGUACCGAGAUGAUCAUCACCAAAUCCGGGAGGAGAAUGUUUCCUACGAUCAGGGUUUCCUUCUCUGGAGUCGAUCCUGAGGCCAAGUAUAUUGUGUUAAUGGAUAUAGUUCCUGUGGACAAUAAGAGAUACAGAUAUGCCUACCACAGGUCUUCCUGGUUAGUGGCUGGAAAAGCUGACCCUCCUCUCCCUGCAAGGUUGUAUGUGCACCCUGACUCCCCGUUCACAGGAGAGCAACUGCUGAAGCAGAUGGUGUCCUUUGAAAAAGUCAAACUCACCAACAACGAGUUGGAUCAGCAUGGCCAUAUCAUUUUGAACUCCAUGCACAAGUACCAGCCAAGGGUCCACAUCAUUAAGAAGAAGGAUCACACAGCUUCUUUGCUAAAUCUGAAAUCAGAAGAGUUCCGAACAUUCAUCUUUCCAGAGACAGUUUUUACUGCUGUUACUGCCUACCAAAAUCAAUUGAUAACCAAGUUGAAAAUUGACAGCAACCCUUUUGCUAAAGGAUUCCGUGACUCUUCCAGACUCACUGAUAUCGAGAGGUAAUGGGGACUUUCGGUUUACUUUCCAUGCAGAUAAGAUAAAGAGAAGAGAGGGUUUGUAGGAAAAGCAUCCUUUCAACUCCUGAGAACCUGUGCAUUUUAACAUUUUCUUGCUGCAUAUAGUAAGACUCCUCCACAUCCUUUAAAAAUGCUUUCAAAC